AUGACCACCGAAUCCACCACUGCUCAAGCUGCUCCCUUCACGCAAACCUCCCUUCUCAUCCAAAAACUCGGGCCAGGAGCUCGUGCGCCUACGCGUGGAUCCGCGUUGGCUGCUGGGUAUGAUUUGUACGCAUCCGGCCCAGUGACUAUUGCAGCAAAAGGCAAAGGUCUCGUCCCAACCUCCCUCGCAAUCGCCGUCCCUCCCGGAACCUACGGCCGCAUCGCCCCCCGCUCCGGCCUCGCCGCGAAGAACUUCAUCGACGUCGGUGCUGGUGUCAUCGACGCCGAUUACCGUGGUGAGGUGAAGGUUUUGUUGUUUAACUUUGGUGACGUCGAUUUCGAGAUUAAGGAGGGUGAUCGCGUGGCACAGUUGGUUUUGGAGAGGAUUUGGACGCCGGAGGUAGUUGAGGUUGAGAGUUUGGAGGAAACGAUGAGGGGUGCUGGGGGUUUUGGAUCGACGGGUGUUGCGUUGGCCAAUUAA